GCUGACUCUUCCCUUUCCCGCCCCUAGCCUGGUUGGAGCAUGCGCCUCCUUUGCUCACGUCCUCGGAGCUGCCGGAGCUAAAUACAGACUACGCCCUAGGAAAUUGAUUCUAGUCUGGGGGAGUUCCGCCGGCUCCGCUUCCCAGAAACUUCAGCACCUCAAGGGGCGGACAGCGCUCUAGCAGCCUCCCCAGACAACUUCAGCAUCUUGGAAAGCUCUUUCUCCUCUGGAGCUUCCUCAGCAGGUGCAGAACGGAACAAACAGCCUUUCACUCUAUCUCCCUCCCUCUCUAUUCCUUCUUCCUGUUUUUACUCCUCCUCUCCAUUCAUAACAAAAGCAUUGCUACCAGUGCGGGUGGGUCUCUGCGGUUCUCUCAGCAGUUGCCUGUAGCCCCUACGCCAAGCAGUUUCUGCAAGGAGUAAGAAUGGGGCUUCUCCGGAUGGGGACAAUGAUUCAGGUGCUGGCGCUUGUCCUCAGCCAAAUUCAUGCGUUCCCUAAACCAGAGGGCAGCCAAGACAAAUCUCUACACAACAGAGAGCUGAGUGUAGAAAGGCCUUUGAAAGAACAGAUUGCUGAAGCUGAAACAGAUCAGACCCUAAAAACAGUCCUUCCAGAAAACACGGCAGGGGAAAGAAAUUAUUCUUCAGCUGACUUGAACCUGCUAAAGGCAAUAGGAGAAAGAGAGAAAAAGGAGAAAGAAAGGAAAUCAGUACAAAACUCACCACAUAAUAAGAAAUUGAUCACGGAAGAUGUAGACUCAACCAAGAAUCGUAGACUGGUGGAUGACUAUGAUUCUACUAAAAGUGGCCUAGAGAAUAAAUCUCAAGAUGAUCCAGAUGGCCUUCAUCAACUGGAUGGAACUCCUUUAACAGCUGAAGACAUUGUCCAGAAGAUUGCCACCAGAAUUUAUGAGGAAAAUGACAGAGGAGUAUUUGACAAAAUUGUUUCUAAACUUCUGAAUCUUGGCUUGAUUACAGAAAGUCAAGCAUACACACUGGAAGAUGAGGUGGCUGAGGUCUUACAGAAGUUAAUCUCUAAGGAAGCCAGAAAUAAUGAGGAAGAACCUGAUUAUCCUUCUAGCAGGACAGAGAGCUAUGCUGAAAAUCUCCCAGAGGAAUCAACUCUAAAACCAGCUAUUCAAGAUAGUCUUAUUAAUGGAGAAAAUGAUGAUACAGUACAUAAGCCCUGGACCAUACCUAAUACCUUGGAAAGAAGAAACAAACUUUAUACUGAAGACAAUUUUGAUGACCUCCAGUAUUUCCCAAACUUUUAUAAUCUACUAAAAAGCAUCGACUCAGAGAAAGAAGCUAAAGAGAAAGAAACACUGAUUACUAUAAUGAAGACGUUGAUUGACUUUGUGAAGAUGAUGGUUAAAUAUGGUACAAUUUCUCCAGAAGAGGGUGUUUCAUACCUUGAAAACUUGGAUGCAACAAUAGCUCUACAGACAAAGAAUAAGCUUGAAAAAAAUGCCACUGACAAUAAAAACAGAUUUAUUCCAGAUAAGAGUCAUGAAGAAGCAGACAGUACAAAGGAGGAAGCAGCUAAAAUGGAAAAGGAAUAUGGAACACAAAAAGAUUCCACAAAAGAUGGGCACAACACAGAAAAAAACAAUGAGGAACCAAUAGGGAAAACAGAGGCCUAUUUGGAAGCCAUCAGAAAGAACAUUGAAUGGCUGAAGAAACAUGAUAAACAAGGAAAUAAAGAAGAUUAUGACCUUUCAAAGAUGAAAGAUUUCAUCAAUCAACAAGCUGACAUUUAUGUGGAGAAAGGCAUCCUUGAUGAAGAAGAAGCUAAGACUAUCAAACGUAUUUAUAAUAGCCUAUAGAAAAGACAAGGAAUCCAGGAAGGAUGCUUAAGUCUCCUAACUGUGGAAAUAACUUAGGAUAACAUGCUAUAGCUUCAAGCAACUUCUAGUCCUAUGAUCUGAGUUCUUUUCAUUUAAGGAUUAAUAGAAAAUGCUGAAUUCACAUUGUAAUGAAUAUUUAAAAGUAAUGAAAAGCAGCUCUCUUGUUAUAAAAACUUACAGUAUGGUAGUAUCCCUUGAUUCACUAAAAAAAAAAAGUAGCAUUU